CAGGGGCCCCUUUUUGAAUGACAGCGCUUUGGGAAGGGAAGACGAAUUUUUGUCUGAUUUUUCCCGCAGCCGCAGCGUCGAUGAGAAGCAGUCGAGGAACUCCAUUCUAACUGAAUGGAUUGGUAUGGGGAGAAGCGGACCUCACAUCACGGCUAAGCGGCAGCUUUGGGACUGUGUAACGUUGACCAUGGUUUUACUUUCGCUGCUGUUUCGACCAGCUCACUGCCAGCAGUGUCGAAUCCAGCGCUGUAAUGCGGAGUACGUGGCUUCUACCUCACCCUCUAGUGGUCUGCAGGAGGACGUGGCUCUGGAUGUGGACUACUGCAUCGCCCUGAGGGCCUAUGCCCUGUGCACCCGGCGGCAGGCGCGCAGCUGCAGGGGCGACCUCGUCUACCACUCGGCCGUCUUUCGCAUUAAGGAGUUAUUCUCUCAGCAUAACUGCUCCAGUGACGGGCCCACCUCCUCCGCCAAGGUCCCCAGCACGUCUCGGCCAGCCGUGUCCGAGCUCUGCAACUACGAGAAUCGGGUCCUCGUGUCGGGCUCGGCCGGUCAGCAGAAGAAAUACGCCCACUGUGGAUUAUUCGGAGACCCACACCUACGGACUUUCCGAGACGAGUUUCAGACCUGCAAAGUGGAAGGGGCGUGGCCUCUGAUUGAUAACCGCUUCCUGUCGGUGCAGGUGACCAAUGUGCCCGUUGUCCUGGGCUCCAGCGCCACGGCAACCAGCAAGAUCACAGUGAUUUUCAAGUCCUACCACGGCUGUACGGAUCAGAAGGUGUACCAGGCCACCACCGAGGAUCUGCCGCUGGCCUUUCAGGACGGGACUCGCAGCGGCGGUGAGAGCGGAAGCCUGACCAUCGCUGAGCGAGGCGGCUCCGGAGUGGGCCGGCAGGUGAAGAUACAGGCCCGGUACAUCGGCACCUCCAUCAUCAUCCGCCGGGUGGGCAGCUACCUGACCUUUGCCAUCCGCAUGCCGGAAGACACCCUGGACUUUUCAGAGGACAAUGGCGGGCUGCAGCUGUGCCUACACGGCUGCCCGCGAAACGAGCUCAUCAAAGAGCACACGCUGGGCCGCCAGAGCCAGCAGCCCCGUCUGCAGGGCACCAACACAGAGCUGGGCCCUCUGAGGCCUCCUCACCAGGUCUACACUGUGGAGAGGGCCACGGCCAAAUGUAGAGAGACUCUGCAGGUGGAGGACGUUUACUUUCAGUCCUGUGUGUUUGACUUGCUGACCACAGGAGACCCUGAGUUCUCCAUGGCAGCGUAUGGCGCUCUGGAGGAUUUAAAGGCGCUGCCGCCCAGUAAACUGAAGCAGAAUUCCCCAAGGACUCCUCGUGUUUACAAUCGAGGAGUGUCGCAGACGCUAGCAGCAACAGCAGCCAACAGCUCCCUGCUCUCACUCCUACUCCUCAUUGUGCUGCUUUUGUAAAAAAUAAAUAAAAAAAAUAAGUGAAUAGGAAUGAUUUAAGAAAAAAAAACAAACCAGAGGAACAUGGACACAAACAGAACACGGAAGCAUUACCAGCUUGAGGAAAGAGUGGCUAGAGCUCAGACGUAUAUAUUUGUUUUGUUUUUUUGAAUUUGUGAAUGUCGUGAUCUUUUUCUGUUUUUGUCAUUUGAAGGAUUUCACACUCCAGAAACAAUUUUCCCACUUUUUGCAUUUUUUUUUCCUGUGGAUUCAUACAUGCAUCACAUCAUUUGAAGAAAAGUACAUGAAAUCAUAGGAUUUUGGGGUCCAGUCUGACAUGUUAUUUACACUUGGUCACUAUAAAUUGGUUUACAGCAGUAUUUUCGUUUCAUAGUUAUAUAUGCUGACCUCAAAGUAGCAACACACAAUGAGGGUUUUUUUUGUAAAUAUUUCAAGUGCACAACCUCUGAACACUCCACCGCGUAUGAAGUUUAAUAUCACUCCAUACAGUAUGUAAGCUGGUUUUGUUAUGCAGACCAAUGUGGCUUCUAGAUCCUGUAUAAUCCAGUAAUAUCAGUAGCACUUAACGGUUUUAACAGCAACAUUUUGUGUAUUUAAACGUCGUUUCUUUAUCUGUUUUCACCUGUUGUUUCAGAAAUUGGCACGCUAAAUACACAGGAUCCAACAACUGUAUGUAAAAACUACCUAUCCACAACGUAUGAUGUGUCUCGACCAUUCUCUCAGUUCUCUUUUUUUUCUCUGUGAAACACUCCCUCUUCAAGCUGUUUUGGCUUCCCGUUUUAAAGGUAAAAAGAAAAAAAAAAAACACAAAUCUUUAUAUAAUAAUAUAUUAAAAGAGUGUAUAUAUGUGUUUUAUAUUGUGUACAUUUGCCUGUAUAGAUGUUUUAACUGUAAUAUGUUUUACAUUUGUUGUGUUUAGUAGGUUAUUUUCGAGUCAUUGUAAGAAAAGUAAACUAAUAUGUGUUGUGCUGUAUCUGUAUUUUUCUGUAUUAAAGUGUUGGACACUCCAGACUAA